AUGGAGGUGGGGACCACCAAGCCAGAGCAGGGCCCCGUGGAUGACAUUUCUCCUCACGCUGAGUUUGAACUCACAGCGCUGUGUGGUUGUUGCCCUGCUCUCCAGGUGGUAGCCCUGGGGGACGUACCCGAUGGCACGGUAGUGACGGUCAUGGCUGGAAACGACGAGAACUAUUCUGCAGAGCUCAGAAAUGCCUCCGCCGUCAUGAAGAACCAAGUGGCAAGAUUUAAUGAUCUCAGAUUUGUGGGACGCAGCGGCAGGGGAAAAAGCUUUACACUGACGAUCACCGUGUUCACAAACCCCACGCAAGUUGCCACCUAUCACCGAGCUAUUAAAGUGACUGUGGAUGGACCCCGGGAACCAAGAAGACACAGACAAAAACUAGAGGACCAAGCCAAAUCCUACUCUGAUCGCUACAGUGAGCUGGAUCGUCUGCGCCAGUCUAUGAGAGUCACCCCAGCAGCUCCCAACCCCCGCGGAUCCUUGAGUGCCCCAGGUCACUUCGGGUCGCAGGCUCAGACUCCAAUGCAAGGCCCGUCGGACCUGAGCCCCUUCCCGGACCCCCGCCAGUUCGACCGCUCCUUCUCCACGCUGCCUGCCCUCGCCGAAGGCAGGUUUUCGGACCCCCGGAUGCAUUACCCUGGUGCAAUGUCGGCUGCCUUCCCCUACACCGCCACACCGUCAGCCACAGGGAUUGGUGGCAUCAGCAUGGCCAGCAUGCCCACCACGACCCGCUUCCACCACACCUAUCUGCCUCCGCCCUACCCCGGCUCCACCCAGAACCAAAGUGGACCUUUCCAAACCAACCCGUCUCCUUACCAUUUGUACUAUGGCACCUCAUCCGGAUCGUACCAGUUCUCCAUGGUGGCAGGGGGCGAGCGCUCACCCACGAGGAUGCUCUCCUCUUGCACAAGUGCCUCAGCAGGUAACAACUUAAUGAAUCCCAACCUGGCCAAUCAGAACGAUGGAGUGGAUGCGGAUGGUAGUCAUAGUAACUCACCUACGACCAUGACGACCACCGGGAGAAUGGAUGAGUCUGUCUGGAGGCCCUACUAGGCAGCACUAAACAAGACACGUGUAGCUUUAAAUAAAUAAAACGCCCAUGAUUAGAUUGCUCCCAUUGAUAGCAAAAAGAGCAAAACACCACCUAGGAUGGGAACAGAUAAGCCAAAGCCUCCCAAACCAAAAGCAAGCCAAAAUCCAAGCAUAGACAGAUACUGAGCAAAGAUGGACCUAGCUGCAUUUCAGAACAAAUGCCCACAAGGUUUGAAUGUGUUGCUCUGUGUGGUUCCUUUCAAAUGUGUGGACUGUAUAUAGAAGUGUGUGGAAGCAGCUGCAUGUUGACUGCAGAGUUACAUCUCUGUUCAGAAUGCAUGUCGAUCAUCUCAUUCAUAACCAAAAAAACCCCCAAGAAAAGCAACUGUCCUCCUGCACAACAGUAGGUGUUAGAGCUAGGGGAAAAGACCCCAGAAGCCAGUCAGUUGGUCUCCCUCUCAUACUCCCUGCAAAUGCAGGAAGAACAAAAAGUCUUAGUAUUGCCAUCUUCCCCAACCCUCCUUGAACAAGGGCCUCUGACCACCAGAGAACCCCAGAGCACUGCCUGAGGGUCACCGAGAUGCACGUGUCUCCCAAGACGUGCACCGGAGAGUCCCAUUGACAGCAAGACAAGCACGCCGAUCUCUCUAGCAGGUGCAGUUGAGGUUCUGAAGAGCGUUGCUAGCGGGUGGGCAGGUAUCAGCCAUGCGAACAAGUGCUGUGACAUGAUUUUGAAAGAGGUUGUAUUGUAAUUUUGUUGUUUUUUUUUUUUUU